GAUAAAUUCAUAGCUUCAUUUAUUGCUAAAAAUGGCCCCUUCCCUUCUUGAAAAAUUGAUGGAAUGCGCCAGCGCAAUUGAAGAUGGUGAUCUGAAACAUGCAGAUUCACUCUUCAAGGAAAUCGGACUCCAAAGUUCCACUGAAGCCAAUUUAGCCACAAGAAAAGUUGUCAAAUACUUCGCUGAAGCUCUUGUUCGGCGACUGUAUAAACUGUAUCCUCGAAAUCCUAUACCGUUAGUACGUUUCAGAGAAGAUAUGGACAUCCUCGGUUGCAAAUUCGAACCUUUCCUCUCGUUUGCUAGCUACACCAUCAUGCCUCCCUUCUAUGAUGCACUGCGUGGAAAAAAACAAGUUCACAUUAUUGACUUUUCCGUUGCGGUGGAUAUCUGGCAGCAUGCUACCCUGAUGAAAGUGCUUGCAAGCGAACUUGGUAGCCGAUUGUCAUACCGGAUAACUUUCGUCGGGCCAAAAUUAUCAAAACAUCUUGGGUACCUCAAGUUAAUUAGUUUGAUCCUCACUAAAACGGCUGAAAACCAUCAAAUUGAUUUCGAGUAUGGAGAAUAUCUUGCUAAUAGUGCAGGUGAGAUAGUUGGAGCUACUCUCCAACUCGGCAGAAGAAGCAAGGGAGAGGCGGUGGUAGUGGAAUGGGAAUUUGAACUACACAAAUUGCUUGCAGUGCCCAAUGCAAUAUUCAAUCUGGUGAUGUCAAAAUUGAAGGACCUCAAACCAGAGGUCAUGGUAAUUGUCGAACAGGAAGCGGAUCAUAACAGUCCAGAUUUGAUGGACCGCCUCGGCAAAUCAUUCAAGUAUUACUCUGUUAUGUUUGACUCCCUCGAGGAGGAUACAUUUGAAAGGCUUGAAGAUUAUAGAGUUCUAUGGGAGAGGAAUUUUAGGCGCCAGAUUAGCAAAGUGGUCGCUGAAGAGGGCAUCGGCCAUGUUGAGCGACAUGAGACAUGGGCUCAGUGGCGAGACAGACUGUUUCGAGCUGGUUUUCAUCCUGCUCGCAUAUUGUUCCGUGAAACUAUGUUUUUUAAUAACAAGACUAAUCAAUAUAGAAUAGAAGAAAAGAAUCGGCGUCCCCUGCUCUGCCGGCUCGAUUACCCUUUCGCUAUCUCUUCGGCUUGGAAACCUGACCUAACUCACGAUGAGUCAAUAAGCAUGGAAAUAGGUGACCUAGGAUCUAUGCUGGGCAGUUUUAACAUAGCACAAGAUGCCAGUCGGGAGUCUGGGAAAGCAAGCAAUUCUGUAUCCCUUGAAGACGACGCAGAUGAUGCUACUAUCAUGAUGAAAGGAAAUAUUUGGUCGACAGAGUGCUUCUCAAUUAACCAGAUCGCUGCUUCAGCUGAGAUAUUUGACAUAUUGGAAUAUGUAUGUCAUGUACAUGAUCUGCCGAUGGCUCUAACAUGGAUUUCAGACAGGAGAGAGGAUGAUACAAAUUCAAGAGAGAAAUUUAGGCUGCACAUCGUGGAUACUGCGUGCUUUGUUAAUGAUGUAGGAAUGAAAGGUUUCGUUGAGGCAUGUUUUGAAGGACCUCCUCUUGAGGAAGGGCAAGGGGUAGCUGGAAAAGCACUUCAAUCAAAGAUGCAAUUUGUCCCUGACGUUGCAGACCUUGAUGUAAUCGAUUGUCCAUUUCUUCAUGUUGCAUGGGAGUUUGGCCUUCAUGCUGUUCUUGCAAUUAAGCUUGCAAGCACCUACAUGAGUAGUGUUGAUUAUAUAUUAGAACUCGUUUUCCCUCUGGAAAUGAGAGAAAUUUCAGAACAAUUGGUAUUGACGAAGGAAAUCAUAUUAACCUUGACCGAAAACUGUGGGAAUUCAUGGAGACUUUGGGGUAAUGAAACUGGGAUUGAAGAGGCAGGGAAGUCUGAUAAAACAGCAGCUAUUGUUUCUGGCAGCUCUCCACGGGGGUUUUCAGAUUUUGGCGGUUUGAAUACAGAAGAUAUAAUCAUUGCAUUGGAUGGCUGCUUGAGUGAUGGGCAUGAUGAGCAGGAAGUCAAAGGACAAACUACUGGCACCACAUUGCCCAAAACUCCCCAGUGGGCUCGUCCAGUAAAACCUCCAAGUUCCAAAAAAUCGAGAUCCAAAGUGUGGAAAGACUUCUAUAAGUUGAAAGAUGACAAUGGUGCGGAAUGGGCCAUCUGUAAACAUUGUAAGAAGAGGUAUCGAGGUGAAAGUACUAGGGGAACUACAAAUCUACUUAAACACUUGAGAAAUUGUCAGAAAAAGAGAGAAGCAGAACAGCGAACACCUAAAGAUCAGCCUGUUCCAUUUAUGGUGAUCGAAGCGGACAGCCUAGAGCAUUUUGAGUUAAUCGACAACAUAUUUUCACCUUCAUUGGACGAGACUAUAGAUCGCUUAAUGUCUAGUUCAAGAAAGCAACAGGGAAAUUCAGAACAUCAAAUGCCUAGACACCAGGCAGGUCCAUUUAAGGUGAUCAAAUCUACGAGUCCAGAGGAUUUAAAGUUAAUCAACUACAUUUUUUCCUCAUCUUUGGAUGAGAGUGAGAUUGUUGUUCAUUGCAACCAUAAUUAUUUGACUCGGAGUGAAUUGUGCACACUAAGACCACAGACAUGCCUUGAUGAUAACGUCAUUUCUGUCAUGUCUGAUGCCCUAACCGUAGCUGAGAGGAGGAAGAAGAAAGGUUCUAUAAAUUGGUACCUUCCAAUUUGUUUUUCGGAGCACGCAUAUGAUACAUCCGAGUGUAUCUCUUUUGCAAAGAAACACAUGUUCAGGGAGAAUUAUAUGUCUGCUCUGUUCAGCUGUGAGAAGAUGUAUGUUCCUGUCUUUGAUAAGGAAAGAAGACACUUCUAUCUAUUUGUUCUGCAUAUGAAGAAGCAAGUUGUUGAGAUUUGGGACUCAUUAGCUAAAUCUAGCUGCAGUUCCGUCGACAAGAGAUUGCCUAACGUGGAAACCAUUUCAUCUAUAAGCUUGAGCAUUUAG